AUGAUGUUAAGCGUCGAAGACCAAUUUUCGAAAGAGACUGUUGCAGAAUUUUUAAGCUAUCUGACAAUGGAAGACCUGGCAAAAAUCAAAGAUAAAGUUGAACUCAUCUGUUUGUCAACCCAGGAUGAGAUGGCGAGAAAACUCUCGAUAAGAGACGGCAGGCGACUUUCCGCGUGGAAGGACCACUUCAAACCCCUGGAGCAAGAGGCCGAGCCGAUCAAAAAUUUUCUAAAAAAUAAACUCGCCGCCGCGGGUGAGAUCAUCAAGUACUACGAGGCAAAUAUGGACAGCUUGGAGGAUAUGCGCACGGUGGAAGGGCAAAAGAGGUUCGGCGCGAAGGCGAAGCAGACAAGCUGCAGCCUCAUCUUCCACUGCACGAAUGCCGUCGACGCGGCGAUUGCGCCAAACUUGGCGGAGAUGUUUUUGGUGCUCGCCAAAGCCCUCAACUCGGGCCGGCUAGAGUCGGAGCUAACCCUGUCGCUGUCGUUUAGACGUUUCUCGCCGGAGCAGGACUCUAGAAUCAAGAUCUUUACCGAGACGACAGUAACGGGGGACUUGCUGCGCCAGAUUUACGAGAUACUCGGCGAAAAUCGCGUCGCAAGGGAUGUUUUUCACGUGAAGGUCGUAUCGGAGGUUUCCGUUGUGAUGCGCAGAUACUUUGAUCCAUGGAUCGACUAUCAGCCCUUUGAACCACUCCACGAGGGAAUGCUGCACGAGUACGAGGAAUUGGCCAACGAAUUUGAAGCUUCCAAUUAUGAUCUC